AUGUCACAACCACCACAAGAGAAUCCAUUAAAAGAAAGGCUCUCACCUCAACAAUUCCAACAUACAGUAGAAUUCUAUGAAGCUGACCAAAAGUUAAAUCAUGAUGAUAGAAUUGAAAUGGCUCAACAAUUACGUGAUGUCAUUACUGGAAGUAGUUACGUAUCAUAUGGUGCAGGAUUUGCUAUGUCCACACUUCCAACUUUAUACUAUCAAUUCCUCUUGCGUAAACCUAUAAAUACAAAACGAUUCGUUCAAAGACCAUUUAUUUCAUUCUUAUUUGGAUUAUCUGGACUUGUUACUACUAGACAAUAUGCAUUAGAAUCUCAAUUACGAAACAAAGAGGCAAAUAUUACAAAUCCUAGAAUUCAACAAGUUUGGAAAAUUUUACGUCCAACUGAAGUUCCAUUGUUUUAUUUUUAUUAUAUUCAAAGUGCUAAAGAUCCAAGUAUAAUAGCAAAAGACCCUAGGGGUUUUACUAAAGAAAUGUUUGAAAAUGUCCGUUUUGAUCCAGAAUUAGCAAAAAGAGCAGCACAUAAAGGAAAGGAUCCUAGGGGAGAAUUGGGAGGAAUGGAAGAAAGUCAUCCUUCUCAUUGGGAUGAGCUUAGACAAGAAAGUGGAUUGGUAACACCUGCAAUACAAAAUCAAUAUGGAGAUUCUCCUUUCACUUUUCCCAGAAGGGACGAUCGAGAAAAUGAUGAUCCAUUCUCAUUUGCGGAUCAAAAUAUUUUGAGUCCUGAGUCGGGGUCAAAAGAUGACACUUCAAAAUCCUCAUGGGAUGCCAUCAGACGAGGUCAAGGUAGGAACUAG